AUUAGAAAGCAGACUAGCAUCAUGCUAGUUGUUCAUCAAACACCUCCCACAUUAAACAGGAGCGAAGCGGUACAUAUGAAAGAAUAUUGAUAACCCACCAGGUAUUUUUUUAAUAAAGAACGUCCGAUUUUAUCUAAGAAUUUUUCGAACUAGCCUAACUUUCCCUGUUUGUAGCCGGCCUCACACACAUUCGCUAGCGAAUGUGCUUCUCCGUCAGCCCCAGUAUAGCUAGCUAGCUAACCUGCUGCUAGAUCACUUCAUAUAAUAUCCCCAGUGUAGCUAGAUAGCUAGCCUCUUGCUAGAUCUCUUGAUAUUGCAACCCCAGUCCCACUGGAGGAAUGAACCACAAGAGCAAGAAGAGGAUUAAAGAGGCGAAGCGCAAUGCCAGGCCGGAGCUCAAGGACUCGUCAGACUGGACGAAGCAUGGCUACAGCGACUCCUUCGACCUGUCACACCAUACAGUCAAGGACAACGUGGAGCGCGUGGACACCCUGCGGCUGACCCCGGAGGAGUUCAUCCAGCGCUUUGAGCGGCCGUACAAGCCGGUGGUGCUGCAAAACAGCCAGGAGAGCUGGCCAGCGCGCCACAAGUGGACCGUGGAGCGCCUCAAACGCAAAUACCGCAACCAGAAGUUCAAGUGUGGCGAGGACAAUGACGGCUACUCUGUGAAGAUGAAGAUGAAGUACUACACAGAGUACCUGGAGACAACGCGGGACGACAGCCCGUUGUACAUCUUCGACAGCAGCUACGGGGAGCACGCCAAGAGGGGCAAGCUCCUCGAGGACUACCAGGUUCCUCUGUUCUUCAGAGACGACCUCUUCCAGUUCGCCGGAGAGAAACGCAGACCGCCAUACAGGUGGUUUGUGAUGGGCCCGGCUCGCUCCGGGACGGGGAUCCACAUAGACCCGCUGGGCACGAGUGCCUGGAACGCCCUCGUGCAGGGUCACAAGCGCUGGUGUCUCUUCCCCACGCAUACGCCCCGUGAGCUGAUCAAGGUACGGCGGGAAGACGGGGGAAACCAGCAGGACGAGGCCGUCACCUGGUUCUCUGUGGUGUACCCCCGCACCCAGCAGCCCAGCUGGCCCGCUGAGUUCAGACCCCUGGAGGUCCUGCAGAAGGCCGGGGAGACCGUCUUUGUCCCAGGGGGCUGGUGGCACGUGGUGCUGAACCUGGACACCACCAUUGCCAUCACCCAGAACUUCGCCAGCACCACCAACUUCCCCAUCGUCUGGCACAAGACGGUGCGUGGCCGCCCCAAGCUGUCCAGAAAGUGGUAUCGCGUGCUGAAGCAGGAGCGUCCGGACCUCGCGGCCUUGGCGGAUAAGGUGGACCUCCAGGAGUCCACGGGCAUCGCCUCCGACAGCUCCAGUGACUCCUCCUCCUCCUCCUCUUCCUCCAGCUCCUCUGACUCAGACACUGACGGCUCGGGCUCGGAGGCCGACGCCGGGAUGUCCCACCGCAGGAAGAAGCGGCGGACGUGCGGCGUAUCCAACGGCGACAGCAGCAAUAAGGACGACUGCAUCAGCAAGGAGCGAAGCUCAUCUCGGUGACCCCAAGCCACGUCCACUUCUACAUAAGGCCCCCCCUUCCCCAGCCAUGCCACUCACCUCGACCUGUGCAUGCACGAUGCCGUCACCUAGCACUAAUGACCGCCGGGCUUUGUCUGGGGGGAUGGAGGGAAGCGUCUUGGAGAUGAGGCGGGAGGCGGUCCUUUGGGGGCAUACUGGGUCCUCUGGGGUCCACUGGGUCCUUUGGGCAUCAUGGCUAUCUUUCUAAGUACAGGAUGCGGGGAAAUAAGACUUUCCAAAAUGUCUUCAAAGCAGUGAGAUGAUAGGGAAGCUUAGAGAUGUCAUACCGUGGUUGGGGGGGGGGGGGGGGGGCAGUGUACUAGAGCUCAGAUCUAAACACCCGUUGUGGUAUUUGAGUGAGGUUGAUGAGGAGGGAAGAGGCUCAGUUAUAAGGACAGUGGGGCAGUAGGCCACACUACCGAAACACGGUAUGCUCCUUGAGCUGAGGCCAUGCAUCCACUAGAAGGGUUGUAUUGGUUAGGGUUGUCCAGUUAGGACGGCCCCUGUUGCUUUAGUUUCCGCCACUGGGCCACACUGCUGCCCUAAAGGACGUUUGCGUUAAAUGCCACUUUAAUAUCUUCUAUUAUUUUAGCCGUCUAUGCUUGGCUUGUCCGCUGAACUAAUUGGGUUGUGGAUAAAAAAAAACCUGCUUUGUUUGUUGUCAACCUGGUCGGUCAGCCUUAAGGAAAUUAAACGGAUCAGCUUUGUUCAAAAACCCUGGGAAACAAACAUACGAUCAUUCGCAUUUCCCUUUUAAUCUCACCAGUACUUGAAAUUUAUUUUGGCAGGGAAGAGGGCUGUGGUUUCAAGGGUUAACGGUUCUCGGGUGUCGAAAUAAGUGAUCCACUAGAAUACCAAAUCCUCUGUAAUAAAACAAUUGAUUUGGUGGUUAGUAUUUUGGUGGUUGUUGGAUGCGAUUUUGCUCUUGAUUAUCAUGUUCUUUUAAGUAGCAUUCUCCUGGGGAAUGGUGUGCCAUGUGCUGCUACGACGAGGUAAUUCUGAACGGCUAGUCUUGAUCUUAAAUCCUAAAUCACAAAAUGUUUAAUGUUGGAGUGGUUUGGUGCUCUGCGCAGACACAAGGGGGCGCCAAACUCACGAGAUUUGCAUCGGCAUGUGACGUUGAAACUGUCGGGCCUUGGGUGUCAUUGAUUUAAUCGGUUCGAGGAGUCCGACAUUUGUUAAGGGACGCGUGACCCCACAAAUCCAUAUGUUUCUGGUAAACGACUCAUUGUUCUAUGGUUCUGUAACGAAUAAGGAAGAAAGGUGUAUUGAUGUCUGUGUUCCUUCCAUCUUCUCUUCUUCACUGUGAUUCCAAACACCUGGUUUUCUAAAGAUGGAGUCUCUUUCUGCUUGUCUCCCUUGCCCAUGUGAUCUCAUUCUUAAACGUUGGAAAUUAACACAUGUGAAAAGCUGUAUUUGUGUCUUUAAUCAGACUAAAGUGCCUAUAUGAAGUCC